AUGCUGUUGUCUCAACCUUCAUCCAGCGUAAGAAUCGCUUUGCUGUUCUCCUUCCUUUUGCCGUGGUUUGGUCUCGUUGGGGCAUCCCUUGUUCCUUGCAAUCAAACUGCAGAAUGUGAGGCUGCUUUGGGAAUGGGAUCCAUGUGCGGAGGAAAUGGUCUCUGUACAAACACCUUCUACAAUGGAGGCUGCCUCAAAAGUGUCCUGCCAAAUUGGAACAGGACUCGCGUCUGCAACUCCCAGGAUCCUCCUGAAGCUGAAGCUCUUGGAUACUGUCAUCAUUCUUCGAUGGACUAUGUCGAGGUUCGUGUGGCAGGCAGGGCAUGGGAAUCUAUCAAUUUCAAUGCAUGGAUCCUUCAGAUUGUUCUUUCCGAAAUGUUGGAUAUCCCAACUUCUAUUGAAGCUGGAGUGCCAGAUAUGAACCUAAACUUCUACGAUCCCCAGUCUGGUUUUGAGUACUGGAAUGCUUUCACACACAUAACUUCCUCAGAAUUGUUGAAGGCAGCUGAGGUUGGAGAUUGCAGGGUCGUCAAGAAUAGUCAGGACCCAGAGAACUACCAGGGCUGCUUCCAUGUCUACCCAGAAGCCUGGACAGAAGAUCAUGCUGCGGGGUUUGAGAUUGAAGGAUCUGAGCCAUACCGAGACAACGGGUUGAUGGGUGAGAAUGCCAUGUCCAUACCCAAAUUCGCAGCAGAAGCGGAUCCUUCUCUUGGUACAUACAUUGGCUUGCGCGGACAGAAGAAUCGUCGGAAAGUUGCAGAGACGUUCAAACGGCCAACAAGGUGGGGACAGUACUGCAGGGAGGUAUCCUUGACAAGCUGUGCUGAAUCAGAUCCUAUAGCACAACGAGCCCCAGAGACUGAAGAGGAAGAGAAGAAGUUUUUUGUUGCAGGCUUGUACAAUGGUCACUUUCGGCACACCGAAGAGAGUAACUGUGACAAGUAUCCUACCAAUUGCACUGGCCAUUUUGUUGAUUUUGGAUGUGGCUGGAUUUCUUUUGCACAGGCACAAGCAUAUCACUUGGACAUUGCUUUUGCCUUUGAAGGGCCACAGGGUAAUGGUGGCUACUCCUAUGGAGAAGCUGUUCAAAUCUGGUCUGCUGCAAAUGCCACUAAAUCCCCGGUGGCAUUCAUGUGGUGGUCCCCUGAACCGUUGCCUGAACUGUACAGUGGAACGGAUGCGGAAUUCACCAGAAUCCAAUUUCCAACACCAACACAGGAGUGUGUCAAUAACCGCAUGGAUUUCUCGAAGCAAUGUGAUCCUGACAUCCCCUAUGAGGAGAAGAUGGGGGAUCCAGCUGGUGUUUGUGAUACAUAUCCUUAUCCCCUCAAGAGGAUCUUAAGCACUGGUUUGAUUGAAAUUUCGGAGAACCCAGAUGUUAACACAGCCUUCUGGAGCCCAGCUCAUGAAGUGGCUUCAAGCCUUAGGGUAAACAACCUCCAGAUGGCCCAAAUCUUUCGGUUCUGGCAGCAACGCAGUAGCGAUCCAGGAAACUUUGACCCAAGGGCUGCAGUCUGUCAAUGGGUUGGGGAAAAUUUGGACCUUCUACAAGCCAACAUCCCAAAAUCCCACCCAAGAGUGAUUGAGGAGGUCGCCAGCUCUGAUGGGUCCCUCUUCAAGGCUGCAUUGGCAAUUGCUAUCAUGGCAGCAGUGUUGGUCUCUGUCUCCAUAGCAUUCACGUACAUCAAGAGGAAGACAAAAGUGAUCUAUUAUGCCCAGUCUGAGUUUCUGAUCCUGAUUCAAGUUGGAAUGCUUCUUACCAUUGGUAGUGCUGUUACAAGUUCUUUGAGCCCUUCUAACACCACAUGUGGUUUUACUAUUUGGUUGAAAAAUACUGGAUAUGUCCUUCAGCUGGUUCCUUUGUUGAUCCGUAUAUCUGCCAUCAACCAGCUGGCUGCCUCUGGAAAGCAAAUGCAGCGAGUCCGAUUGAACAUCUGGAAGUUACAUGCUGUUGUCGCAGUGGCGGCUGCACUUGUGGCUGUGUUCCUGCUUGUCUGGACUUUGGUGGAUCCGCCACAGGAACAGUUUCAGUACAAGGUGACUGAUCUUGUCACACCGACAGGAGACACAGUUGUUGAGGCCUUUGGCUACUGCGGAUCGGAAAAUGACUUUUGGUAUUUUGUCCAAAUGGGAUGGAAGGGGGCUGUCUUGGUUCCGGCAUGCCUGAUUGCGUUUCUGACAUUGCGGGUGAAGGAAGAUUUGAAUGAUACAAGGAGUCUUGCUGUGAUGCUGUUCAUCCGAAUCUUCUUUCUCAUUGCCAGUCUCUGUGCAGGACUACUGAUGCAGGAAGCAAAUGCAGUGUCCGACUUGAUGGGAUGCUGGAGCCUUUUGAUCAGUCUUGACACCAUUCUCUCAGUGGCAGUGUAUAUAGUACCAAAGUUCUGGGACAGUGGGGAGAAUCUUGACGCCGAACCACUGCCAGAUGUAUUCGUCCACACCACUGUGGCUCUUCUUGAUAUCACAGGUUUCACUGCCUGGAGUUCUGUUAGAGAGCCUGUUCAGGUAUUCCAGCUCCUGGAACAGCUCUUCCAAAACUUUGAUCAGAUUGCUCAAGAAAAUGGGGUGUACAAAGUUGAAACUGUCAGGGAAUCUUAUGUUGCAGCAACAGGAAUUCCAAAGCCCCAGUCGGAUCAUGCUGUUCUCAUGGCAAGGUUUGUUGGGCAGUGCAUGAAGAAGAUGCCCAAGUAUUUGAGAAAUCUUGAGAUUCAGUUUGGGCCAGACACCUCAGACAUGUCCCUGCGAGCAGGUCUACACAGUGGUCCAGUCACUGGAGGAUUCCUGAAGGGCAAAGGCAGCCGCUUCCAGCUGUUUGGCGACACUGUGUCUACUGCCCUCCUAAUCCAAAGAUACAGUGUAACUGGAAGAAUUCACUUGUCAGAGGAAACAGCUGCUUUGCUGGUAAAGGCCGGGAAGAAAAGAUGGGUCUUGGAGCGAGAAGACAAGGUUGACACCAUUGAAAAGGGAGAGCUCAAGACCUACUGGCUCAUCAAGGGUGGGCAGUUCUCUGAUUUGGAUUAUCAGGACUUCAGUGUUUAUGCUGCAUCAAGUGUUGGAGACGAUAGUGAUGCAGAUGGCGAAGAAGAGCUUGAGUCCCUGCAGCGGUGGAUUGAGUGGAAUGUGGAAGUAUUUAAGGGGCUCCUCAAACAAAUUUUAGCGAGAAGAGCAGCAUUGCUGAUGCGUGCAUCCGCCAAGCCAUUCACUUUAACUUCUACGGACUUCAGUGCUGGGUCUACAAUGCCACUUGAAGAAGUGAAAGAGAUUAUUGAGUUACCCAAGUUUGACCGGAAAGCUGCCCGCCGUCUACGCGAGAAUGCUGAUGUAGAAGUCCCAGAGGACGUUGUUCAACAGCUCAGAUUGUUCAUCACCGAGGUUGCUGAUCUGUACAACAAUGACAACGCUUUUCAUAACUUUGCUCAUGCUAGCUAUGUUGUCAUGGCAAUGACGAAGUACCUCAACCGAAUCAUUGCUGCUACUGAGGUUGACUUGGGUGACAAUGAGGAGCGGUUUAGGAGUAGUGUCCAGGCAGCUCUGCAUGACCAUACCUAUGGGAUUGCGUCAGAUCCCCUUACGCACUUUGCUUGUUUGUUCUCAGCGCUCAUUCAUGAUGCCGACCACCCUGGAGUCCCAAAUGAUCAGCUUGUGAAGGAAAAUGAGACUGCAGCACGAAAGUACCAAAAUCGCUCUGUUGCUGAGCAGAAGUCCUUUGACAUGGGAAUAGAUUUGCUCAAUGAGGAUCGAUUUGAGGCACUCAGAGCCGCAGUCUGUGUCGGUCCUCAGGAAGUGAGCCGAUUUCGAGCACUGGUUGUGAACAGUGUCAUGGCCACCGAUCUAGGUGACAAAGUGCUCAAGGAACUCAGAAAUGGCCGAUGGGAGAAGGCUUUCUGCAAUUCUGGUACAGAUACCAGUACAACUGAAACAAUUUCUGGUGAGGAGGAAAGCCAAAGUCCAGUACCCAAGACUUUAGAUGCCGUGAACCGGAAGGCUACCAUUGUUAUUGAGCACUUGAUCCAAGCUGCUGAUGUUGCACACAUGUCCCAGCAUUGGAUGAUUUACAGAAAGUGGAAUGAGCGGCUCUUCCGGGAGAUCUACAAGGCAUACAGAGAGGGCCGUGCAGAAAACAACCCAGCGGACGGCUGGUACAAGGGUGAAAUUGGAUUCUUUGACUUCUACAUCAUUCCUCUAUCCCAGAAGCUGAGCGAUUGCGGUGUCUUUGGUCCCACUAGUGCGGAGAAUCUCAACUACGCUAGAAACAACCGCAACAUGUGGGUCAAGGAAGGAGAGGCCAUUACAGCAGAGAUGCUGGCCAAGGUGGAACAGGAAUACCUGCAAGAACAGGCAGUCCCUGCUGAUGAGUUGAUAGAGGUGUGA